AUGUCGUCCUCGUCCUCCUCGUCGUCGGCCGCCAUCCCGCUGGACCACCUCGCGCCGUCCCCCACCGAGCAGCACUGCUACCGUGCUACGUGCACUGCAACUGCUGCGAAACCAUCCUCGCCGUACGUGCAGUGCGGUGGCGCCGCCGAGCGCGCGCGCCCCACCCACCUACCCGACACCGUCGGCGUGCCGUGCAGCAGCCUGUUCAAGACGGUGACGGUGCGCUGCGGCCACUGCGCCAGCAUGCUCUCCGUCAACCUCCACGGCCUCCUGCUCCCGCCCGCGGCGCAGGUGCCGAGCUUCCUGAUGAACCAGGCGAGCGCCAACGUGAGCGCCGCAGCAACAGCAGCUGCGGCAGCAACCUGCCGGCCGCGCCGAUGCCGGAAGCGAAGCCGCCUGUGCAGCAGGAGCCCGAGCUGA